AUGUGCCAGCGACGGUAUGUCAACGACAUCCUCAAGCGCUUCGGCAUGGAUGAGUGCAAGGCCAAAGCAAGUCCGGUCGAUUUGAGCACUCGGCUUGUCGCAAGCAGCGAAGCGGCCAAGAUCGACGUUCCGUUUCGUGAAGCUGUGGGAGCUUUGAUGCACUUGACGACUGCGACGCGCCCGGAUAUUGCGUAUGCUGUGGGGUACGUCUCGCGCUUCAUGGAGAAUCCGCAGCAAGAACAUUGGACGGCGGUGAAGCGCAUCUUUCGUUGCUUGCAAGGGACCAAGUUGCACGGACUCCGCUUCCAGCCAAGCGACAAGAUCGACUUUCGUGGCUACUCGGACGCGGACUGGGCCGGUGACCACGCUGAUCGCAAGUCGACUUCGGGUUACACUUUCAUGCUGAUGGGUGCUCCUGUGAGUUGGGGAAGCAAGAAGCAGUCAAGUGUGUCGCUGUCGAUGAGUGAAGCGGAAUACAUCGCACUGAGUCUGGCCAUCCAGGAAGGCAAGUGGGUGCAUCGCCUGCUAUGCGAGAUUUUGGCGGCCGCAAACGAACCAGGACUGGACCUCGUCAUCCGUGAUAACAACCAGUCGUGCAUCAAGAUGACGAAGAAUCCGGUGAAUCAUGGCCGCGCCAAGCACAUCGACAUCAAGUACCAUCACAUCCGUGAUGAGGUCAAGCGCGGUGAAGUGCAGCUCGAGUAUUGCGAGACUUCCGUGAUGAUGGCGGACAUCAUGACCAAGGGACUUUUGGGACCUCGUCACAAGGACUUGACGACGGCUCUCGGCAUUCGUGCGAGUUCGGAUUGA